CAGUGGACCAAGUGCAAGUGUGCAACACAACAAGAAAGCUAGGCUAGAGAGCGGGACAAAAACAGAGAGCAGCAAUAUCCUCCUAGCAUAGAGCAAAUCGCCCGUUGUCGAUUGGAACAUUGCUGUUGCUGUACAUGUAAAAACGCGAUCAAUUACACCCAAAAAUCCAACGAACCCUCAUCGCUCCCCACGAAACGUGUCCCCGCCUUCUCCGCCCGCCUACCUUUGCCUCUCAUUCAAUUCCCCUUCUUCGAUGCGUUUAAAUCACCGCCACCGUCUCAUUUCCCUUCUCCUCUAUUCUCCUCCUGCUUCUUCUUUUUCCUCCACUCUGUUCCCGGUUCCGAAACGACCGGCAGCAAUCGUCUCUGCAGUCGCUUCUUUCUUCUCAACGACAAUGGCGCCCUCUGCCCCGGAAGACGCUUCCCACAAUGCCGCAUUGCUCUCUUCCUCCGGUGUCGGCGGCGACGUUUCCUCUGCUGCCCAGAAAUCAAGGGUCACCAUUAUCGGAAGUGGUAACUGGGGGAGUGUGGCUUCCAAGCUCAUCGCUUCCAACACCAUCAAGCUCGCUUCUUUCCACGAUGAAGUAAGGAUGUGGGUAUUCGAGGAGAAAUUGCCUAGCGGUGAGAAGCUGACAGAAGUUAUUAACCGAACUAAUGAAAAUGUUAAGUAUCUCCCUGGCAUAAAGCUUGGCAAGAAUGUCGUUGCAGACCCCGACCUCGAGAAUGCAGUGAGGGACGCAAACAUGUUGGUCUUUGUGACCCCUCACCAAUUCAUGGAGGGAAUAUGCAAGAGACUUGUAGGGAAAGUGAAAGAAGGUUCUCAGGCUAUUUCACUCAUCAAAGGAAUGGAGGUUAAAAUGGAAGGCCCAUGCAUGAUCUCCAGUCUAAUCUCUGAGCAGCUCGGUGUGAACUGUUGCGUGUUAAUGGGAGCAAAUAUUGCAAACGAGAUUGCUGUUGAGAAGUUCAGUGAGGCGACAGUUGGAUACAGAGAAAACAGAGAGAUUGCAGAGAAGUGGGUGCAGUUGUUUAACACCCCUUAUUUCAUGGUCACAGCUGUCCAAGAUGUGGAGGGAGUUGAGCUAUGUGGGACCUUGAAGAAUGUGGUAGCACUGGCAGCAGGUUUCGUGGAUGGUCUGGAAAUGGGAAAUAACACCAAGGCAGCAAUAAUGAGAAUUGGACUAAGGGAGAUGAGAGCCUUCUCCAAGAUACUGUUUCCAACUGUUAAGGACAACACCUUCUUCGAGAGCUGUGGGGUGGCAGAUCUCAUCACAACCUGCUUGGGAGGAAGAAACAGAAGAGUUGCAGAAGCAUUUGCAAAGAGUGGAGGGAAAAGGUCCUUCGAUGAGCUAGAGGCAGAAAUGUUGCAGGGUCAGAAGUUGCAGGGAGUUUCAACGGCAAGAGAGGUAUAUGAAGUUCUAUCCAACCGCGGGUGGCUGGAGCUGUUCCCACUCUUUGCAGCAGUGCACGAGAUCAGCAGUGGACGCCUCCCACCUUCUGCUAUUGUUGAGUAUGGCGAGCACAAGCCAAACUUCUCUGCGGUAGAAGGCGCUGCUCAAUACUUCUCUUCAUGAGUGAUGCUGCUAUUAUGCUUGCAAAGACGUUCAAGGUAUGUUGCAAGAAUCUACUGCCCUUCUAAUGCAAAUAUUAUCACUGAAAGCUACAUAUCAGGAAGUACCAAUGCUUGAGUUUGAAACAACUUACCGCAACAGAUUUCUGUGUUCUUUUCUUUACAUGUUCUGCACCAGAAAGGCAGAAGUUUAUGCGUUUGUUUAGUGAAACAAUGAUGCAACAGCAUUUUGUUUUAGUGAUUAAUGAUGUAAUAGCAUAAUAGCCCUGCAGAAAAUAGUAAUUAUUGUACCAUACUUCAUUUACACAAUAAGAAUGAAGCUUUUCUUUUUGCUCUGAAUCCACAGAAAUCAUAGAUGACAUUCAUGGUUGGAUUUCAAGAUUAUCCUUGUUUAACGUUUAUUACUUGGCAAUAAAGAUAAAGACUGAUUGAGAUCGAGUCAAAACAUGUGCAAUGUGCCAAUACUAAACUUCCCCACCUUUCUCAUUUCAUGCUCUUAUAUUAUACAUAGAGACAAAGACAUCCCAGCUACACAACCAUAGAAGGAAGCACAAAAAAAACCACACUCAAAAGCACAAUAACCCCCACAAAUAACAAAAACCAAAUUGACCACAAGCUCUACAAAAGUCAACCAGUCCGUAUUCUGUCCACACUCUUCCUCCCUCUCUCCAACUGGUGGUCGACGCUCUUCCUCGACUUCUCAAGGCAGCAGUCGACGCUCCUCCUCGACCUCUCUACCUGAUCAAAUGAAACCCUCAGCUUCUCCGCAUAGUUUGAUUGGUUCUUCAGCUUCUCCAGCUUCUCGCUGAGGUUGUUGCUGUUGCUCUUCAGCAGCAGCUUGUUGACAUCAGUAGGGGGCAGUGCCUUGUCAGUGCUGUGUCUAGGCUUCUCCCUUCUGUCAGUACUCUUCCUCGAGGCCUCAAACACAAUAUCAGUGCUCUUUCGAGGAGGAAGCAGCUGCUGGUCCGUGCUCCUUCUCCUUGAACCGGUGUACCUUUGAGAAGGCGGUUUCUCCACGGUCAACACAAACUUCUUGAGGUGCCUGAUGUACUCUGGAUGGUGCUCCAAGUCACAGUGGUUACCUCCUUUGAGCCACAGUGGUUCAUACUUCUCUUUGCUUAGUUCCCAAAGUUGCUUGCCAUGGGAGCAAUCUACUACUUCGUCUGCAGUUCCCUACAUACCAUUAAUCAAACACUGAACAUCAAAAUGUAGACCAGGAAAGAAGCAUGCCACUUCAGCUAGUACUUGAAGUAGGUGGUCAACUUGGAGGUAUUCAGGAGUGAGCUUGUAUACUAUAUUUUGUCUUUAACAGCUGACAUAAUUUAGUUUUGGCUGCUUUCUAUAUUUUGAAAACUGGUCUACCAGCAAGUGACCAACACGACAGCAGUCAUUUUGUAUGCAUUUGAGGGUUUUUGGCAUAGCUUGUUAUACAUAAAUAUAUGGUACAGUGUACUGUCAUGUAUUUCUGGAAGACUUUGGAUCAUAUAUUAAUAUGAUACUCAGAGGAAAGAACUUUAGGCCAAUUCACUUUAUAAACUAUCGCCAUAAUCAAAUACAUCAAACCAAACACAUUCAAACAAAAUUGAAUCGAACAAGGAAACAUGGAAAAUGGAUCCAAUGAGUAAACAAGGAGCUGCACAAAUUGUGGAGGUAAUUAUGUUAUCCCUUCUUUUAAGGGAACAAUGGUCUAGCAUAGUAGUGUGGUUCUACUAAGCUCUGUCAUAGAUAGAAAUACAGCAAACUACAAACAUACUUACAUGGAUCACAAGAACAGGACAAUCAACCAAUUGAAUCUUGUCGAUAUUCUUGUAAAUGUCAAACCAGUAAGAUUUCUUAACUGGGUACAUGACCCUCAGCCCUGAAAGUAUGGGACUGUGCAGGACAACUGCCCUUAGAUGAGGCAGUCGGGCAGCUAGAUCUAGUGUAGGCCCGCUGCCAACAGACUGCCCAUAAAGGAUGAUGUCUUCUUGCUUUGCACCAUAGCCUUCUUCCAGACACUUGUAGACUGCUUCAAUGUCUGCAUACGUGUGUUGUUCACUUGGCUGCAACAUCCAAAAAAAAAAAAAAAAUGAAUGGCCUUUACACCAAAAAACAUAGUAACAGCUCAAGUCCUUAGAAACCCCACGACCUUUUGAUGAUCUUGGACUCCUUAUAUCAUGUCAAGAACUGAUUUCAUCGUAAUAACUCGCAUAGUUGUUGAUAGAAGUUCUAAACUGUAUCUCAUUUUCUUACCUUACAAUUCUCUCGUAUGCCCUUUUAAACAGCACCUUUGUACCCCAAAGUUCAAAAUUUGUAGCAUAUAGUACUUUCAUGUUUAGGUUGUAAGUGGUUAUUUGAAUUCAUACUUCUGAAUGUUCAUAACACCAUUUCAGAUAUAGUUAAAAGUUCAUAUAAGACUCUUACAUUAUUCUCUAACAUGCGCAUCAUGCCAAUACAUGUACACCACACAUAGUAAAUGAGGUAAGGAAUCCAACAUCACCUUUCCAGAUGAUUGUCCAUAUCCAGAGUAGUCAUACCCCAUGAGAUUGACCCGCAAGUGGAUGCUCAACUCGACGAAGAGCUCAUACAUCUGCCCCAGAUCGGCGGCGUUCCCAUGGGAGUAAAGUAGAGUGGAAGUAGCCAUGGGAUGUCUUAUGUACAUCCCCACUACCUCCGUCCCCUUUCUCGUCGGCAGCUUCAGGAUUUCCACGUUUUCCCGAUGUGGGAAAGUGCUCAGCAGCAGCAGACCCGUCAUUUCGUCUGCCACCAGCUUGUACGAUGGUGGGUUCGGCGGAAAGAAGGCCAAUUUUGCCGCCAUCGAUGAAGUGACCCCUCCCAUCUCCCUCUAUCUAUACUCUGUUCCCCUACCUCCCCUGUUUCUACUGAACUGAACUUGCACUGUUUCUCUCCUUCCUCCAACGGAGCAGAGUUUCUUCACUGUUCAUCAAAACGAAAGGGGUGGAAGAAAGAAAGAGGAGGAGAAUGGGGAAAGAAACAUCCCAAAGGUUUCCAGAAGAACAAACAGACCUUCUUCUUCUUUCUUUCUUUUUGCUGCAGAGGAAAAGUAAAGGUAGCAGGGAAGUUCUUUUUCCCUUUUGUUUAUCUGCUUUUAUUGGAUCCCUCGGCUGGCCAGAAGAAUGUGGCUGCUAUUUUUAGAUAGAGAGAGAGAGAGAGAGUUUGCUUUUACAUUGGGGCAUAUCAUAUCAUAUCAUAUCAUAUGAUCAGUAGAUUGUUAUAAAGGCAGGAGGGAAUUUGAUUGACAUUGAAG